AUGUCCAGCAGCAGCAGCAGCAGCAGCGGGAUGAGCAACAAACAUCAGGUGGGGGAUGCAGGGGAUGUUGGUGUUAGUGUCAGUGAGCGGAUGGAGGGGAUUGAGAUUGGAAAUUCGGAGGGGGAGACGGAGGCGGAGGCAGAGGUGGUGGGUAAAGGGAUGUUGGAGGCAGAGGGGGAGCAGCGUGGUGAGGGUGGUGGGGGGAGUUUGUAUCCGGUUUUGAAAAUGGAGUUUUAG